AGAGCUGCCCAAGUGCAUUGGCAAUUUAUCAACUACUCUUACCAGAUUAUUUCUAGAUAAAAAUAAAAUAUCUGGAAAGAUCCCUACUGAAAUAGGAAAUUUGAUCAACUUGGAGAGACUUGAUAUAUGCAAAAACAAAUUAUCUGGAAAUAUCCCCUCCGAAAUUGGAAAGCUUAAAAAAUUACAAUAUUUGAGCUUAUCUCAAAAUAAUUUUUCUAGGGACAUUCCUAAAUCUCUUGGGAAUUUAACUAUCUUUACACACUUGUAUUUAUACAAGAAUAAUCUUCAAGGCAAUAUCCCUCUAAGUCUAAGCAAGUACCGAAAUUUGUUUUCUUUGGAUCUUGCUAAUAACGAUCUCAGUGGUUCAAUAGCCCCACAAGUCAUUGGUCUCUCAUUAUCACCAGUUAUGUAAAUUUGUUUGCCAACCAAUUUACUGGAGUCCUUCCGAUGGAAGUGGGAUGUUUUAUAAGUCUAGAAGAAUUGGAUAUCUCCGAAAACAUGUUGUCUGGGAAAAUUCCAACAAGUCUUGGAAGCUGCAUAAAGUUGGAAUAUCUAUUCAUGGGAAGAAAUCUCUUCCAAGGGAACAUUUCUCCAUCUUUGGAAUCACUAAGAGGUCUUCAAUAUCUAGAUUUUUCUGAAAAUAAUUUGUCUGGACAAAUUCCAAAAAUUUUGGAAGCCUCUGUCUACUUGAAAUUUUUGAAUCUAUCUUACAACCAUUUUGAGGGUAAGGUACCAACAGACAGAGUUUUCAAGAAUAUAAGUGCAAUUUCAGUUAAGGGAAACAAUAAGAUUUGUGGGGGCAUACCUAAGUUUCAGCGUCCUAAUUGCAAAUACAAAAAACCUAAGUUGACCGUUGCCUUGAAGUUAAUAAUCUCUAUAUUUUCUGGGCUUCUUGGAGUAGCUUUAGUUUUGUCACUUCUAUUUCUUUACUCUUUAAGAAAGAAAAGAAAAGAAAAUACCUUAAGAGACUUAUCAAAAAAAUUUCUUCUAGAGCUAUCUUUCCAAAGUCUCUUAAAUGCAACCAAUGGAUUUUCUUCUACCAAUUUAAUCGAUGUGGGUAGCUUUGGGUCCGUGUAUAAAGGAAUUCUUGAUCAUGGUGGACAAGUGAACACGGUUGCUAUCAAGGUGCUCAACCCUUACUAUCAUGGAGCUUCCAAAAAUUUCAUAGCUAAGUGUGAGGCUCUACAAAACACUAGACAUCAAAAUCUUGUAAAGGUGUUUACAUCAUGUUUUGGUAUUGAUUAUCAAGGUCAUGAUUUUAAUGCUUUGGUAUACGAGUUCAUGAGAAAUGGCAACCUAGAUGAAUGGUUGCAUCCAACAUCAAGAUCAAAUGAGACUCUUGAGGGACCAAGGAGUUUGAGUUUUCAUCAGAGAUUGAAUAUUGCCGUUGAUGUUGUUAAUGCAUUGGAUUAUCUUCAUCAUAAUUGCUACACAACAAUUGUUCAUUGCGAUCUCAAGCCUAGCAAUAUUCUUCUUGAUGAUGAAAUGAUUGGACAUGUAAGCGAUUUUGGCUUGGCAAAAUUGCUUUUUGAUGCUACCGAAGAUUCUUUUAUUAACCAUUCAAGUUCCAUUGAAGUAAGAGGAACAGUUGGUUAUACUCCACCAGGUGCACAAGAAUAAUGACUUAUUAUGAAGUUUAUCAUCAUGAUAAGGUAAGUUUAUGAUAUAUAACAUUGGAGCAAAUAAGCAAUCUUGUAGCCUCCCCAUAGUCAUAGCUAUCAUGUAUAUUUUUUUUAUGUUUUUUUUUUUUUUUUUUUCCUUUUCCCUCCUGUAUUAAGAAUUUUGUAGCCAAUGCCAUGCACAAUAUAUAUUUUGAAUGAUGAAAUUUAUUAAGAAGUGAGCUAAGAAAAAAAAAACAAGGGGGGUUUGGGAGUUGGGACCAUCAUUGCUGAUUAGGGCCCAACAAACGGAUUGAGGAAGAGCAGAGAUGGAGGUUGACCCGCCUAGUUACAAAAUAGGGCCUAUUGGGCUACACGGUGGGCUACUAAGUUAUCAAACUACAGAGUUGAAAAUCAAGUUGUUUUUCACUCUACAAUUAUCAUUUUGACCCACUGAGCCUUUGAAUAGUGUGCUUUGCUAAGAAAAAAAGCUCAAUUUGUG